GAUCGAUAGCCCGGCCUCGGUGGGUCUGUUGUGUUGAGGGGCCGUCCCAGCCAGCUCCCACAUGCCUGGACAGCAUGUCCACCCACAUCUGUGCACACAUUCUCCUGGGAAACAGGCGGACUGGCCUCUGCAUUCUUUUUCCGGUCUCUGGGCUGGAGUCCUUGGCUGGGCUGCAGAGCAGAUCGUGGGCAGAGGAAAGGGCCUGGACAGCAAGUCCCAGAGAGAGGAUCCUAUCUGGAACCCUGACACCAUCUCUUGUCACAGAGCUGGGAGGCCGACACAGGCUUCUCUCUCCUGCAGGCAGCCGAGGUGGCCCUCCCCCGGGCGGUGGUGCCCCCUGGCACCUUCGAAAUGUCCUCAGCGACUCAGUGGAGAGUUCUGAUGAUGAAUUCUUUGAUGCUAGAGAGGAGAUGGCUGAAGGGAAGAACGCCAUCCUCAUCGGGAUGAGCCAGUGGAAUUCAAAUGACCUGGUGGAACAGAUGGAGACCAUGGGGAAACUGGAGGAACAUCAAGGAGAAGGGAGCACGCCGUGCACAGCCAGCACCCUCCAGGAGAAGCAGCGAGAACUGUACCGGGUUUCCUUGAGAAGACAGAGGUUCCCAGCCCAGGGAAGCAUCGAGAUCCAUGAAGACAGUGAGGAAGGCUGCCCGCAGCGCUCCUGCAAGACACACGUCCUCCUGCUGGUGCUGCACGGGGGGAACAUCCUGGACACGGGCUCGGGGGACCCAUCCUGCAAGGUGGCCGACAUCCACACCUUCAGCUCCGUGCUGGAGAAGGUCACGCGUGCCCACUUCCCCGCAGCCCUGGGCCACAUCCUCAUCAAGUUCGUCUCCUGUCCUGCCAUCUGCUCUGAGGCUUUCUCACUUGUCUCCAACCUGAACCCCUACAGCCACGACGAGGGCUGUCUCAGCACCAGCCAGGACCACGUCCCUCUGGCUGCCCUGCCCCUGCUGGCCAUCUCCUCCCCGCAAUACCAGGAUGCUGUUGCCACCGUCAUUGAGCGAGCCAACCAGGUCUAUGCAGAGUUCCUCAAAUCCCCUGAUGGGAUUGGCUUCAGUGGGCAGGUGUGUCUCAUCGGGGACUGUGUAGGGGGCCUCCUGGCCUUCGACGCCAUCUGCUACAGCGCAGGGCCCACGGGUGACAGUCCUGGCAGCUGCAGCCGGAAGGGGAGCAUCAGCAGCACCCAGGACACCCCAGGUGUGAUGGAGGAAGACUGCAGUCUGGCCGGCAGCAAGCGUCUCAGCAAAAGCAGCAUCGACGUCUCCAGCGUGUUGGAGGAUGACGAGCCCAGGAGGCCAUUGCCACGGAAACAGAGCGACUCCUCCACCUAUGACUGCGAGGCCAUCACCCAGCAUCACACCUUCCUAUCAAGCAUCCACUCCAGCGUCCUGAAGGAUGAGGCCGAGCCCCCUGCAGCCGGAGGGCCCCAGCUCCCUGAGGUCAGCCUGGGCCGCUUGGAUUUUGACGUGUCCGACUUCUUCCUCUUUGGCUCGCCCCUGGGCCUGGUCCUGGCCAUGCGGAGGACGGUGCUGCCGGGGCUGGAUGGUUUCCAGGUACGUCCUGCCUGCAGCCAGCUCUACAGCUUCUUCCACUGUGCAGACCCCUCGGCCUCCCGGCUUGAGCCACUGCUGGAGCCCAAGUUCCACCUGGUGCCACCCGUCAGUGUGCCCCGUUACCAGAGGUUCCCACUGGGCGACGGACAGUCCCUCCUCCUUGCUGACGCCCUGCACACACACGGCUCCCUCUUCCUGGAGGGCAGCUCCCGGGGCAGCCCACCGCUCCUGGAUGUCCCCGCCUCGCCCCCUCCGGCCCCAAGAUCCCAGCGCCCUGGGCGGAGGAUGAGCCAGGGCAGCUCCCACAGCGAGAGCUCGGAGUCCUCGGACAGCCUGGCCCCCGUGGGCGCCUCCCGCAUCACAGCUAAGUGGUGGGGCACCAAGCGCAUCGACUAUGCCCUGUACUGCCCCGACGUCCUGACGGCCUUCCCCACCGUGGCCCUGCCCCACCUCUUCCACGCCAGCUACUGGGAGUCCACAGAUGUGGUGGCCUUCAUCCUGAGACAGGUGAUGCGCUAUGAGAGCGUGAACAUCAAGGAGAGCGCUGGCUUGGACCCCGCGGCACUGAGCCCCGCCAACCCCCGUGAGAAGUGGCUUCGUAAGAGGACCCAGGUCAAGCUGCGGAACGUCACUGCCAACCACAGGGCCAACGAUGUGAUUGCUGCGGAAGACGGCCCCCAGGUCCUGGUGGGACGCUUCAUGUAUGGGCCCCUUGACAUGGUGGCUCUGACUGGAGAGAAGGUGGACAUCCUGGUGAUGGCAGAGCCGUCCUCUGGGCGCUGGGUUCACCUGGACACGGAGAUCACCAACAGCAGUGGCCGAAUCACGUACAGUGUGCCGCGGCCCCGGCGCCUGGGGGUCGGCGUCUACCCCGUGAAGAUGGUCGUCAGGGGCGACCAGACCUGCGCGAUGAGCUACCUCACAGUGCUGCCCCGGGGCAUGGAGUGCGUGGUGUUUAGCAUCGACGGCUCCUUUGCGGCCAGCGUCUCCAUCAUGGGAAGUGACCCCAAGGUCCGGCCAGGGGCAGUGGACGUUGUCCGGCACUGGCAGGACCUGGGCUACAUGAUCCUCUACAUCACGGGGCGGCCGGACAUGCAGAAGCAGCGGGUGGUGUCGUGGCUGUCCCAGCACAACUUCCCACAGGGCAUGAUCUUCUUCUCGGACGGGCUGGUGCAUGACCCGCUGCGGCAGAAGGCCAUCUUCCUGCGCAACCUCAUGCAGGAGUGCUUCAUCAAAAUCAGCACAGCCUAUGGCUCCACCAAGGACAUCUCCGUCUACAGUGUGCUGGGCCUGCCACCCUCCCAGAUCUUCAUUGUGGGCCGGCCCACCAAGAAGUACCAAACCCAGUGCCAGGUGGGUGGUGGUGGGGCUGGGGGUUGGAAGGGUGAGGGAGUGGGACCAGCAGAUGGGGAGAGGGGAGAAGGUUUAUUUCCUUGUUUGUUCAUUCAGUCAUUUAUUUGUUCUUUCCUUCAUUUGCUCACUCAUUCAAUCAACAAACACUACUGGGCACCUGCUUUGGACCAGGCACUGAGUUGAGUGCAGGGGAGCUCCUUGGUGGACUUGUAUGUCCUGUCAUCCAGUCUAGUGGGGGAGAUGGAAUCUUUAGCAACCAGGGACAAUGCAGUGUGGCAAGAGCCUUAAUGACAGGGAAUGAAUGAUAAGACCCUACAGAGGAGCAGCUAAGCCGGACUCAGGGACAAGGUUGGUUUUUGGAAGUUUGAAGGAAUUACCCAGGAAGGGCCUGAGGCUGGAGGAGCAUUUGUGACAGAUGCUGCAGCAAAAGCACAGGUCAGGAGGUGGCAGAGCACGUGGAUAUUCUGGGGGCUGCAUGUGGCUCAGCUUGGCUGAGUGUGAUGUGGGAGAGCAGGGCGGGGAGGGGGUGGCUGGAGCAGUCCAUUGUGGAUGGACUGUAUGUCUUGCCCAGUUGGGACUCUGUCUCUGGAGUGAGUUUGUGAUUCAAGGAGAUCCCUCAGGCUGCAGAUGGAAGGCGCAUCAGAGGAAGAGGAGGGAAGCAGUGGCAGGGCAGAGAAGGCCAAGUGUCCGAGAGCCAUUUCUAAGGCAGGAUGGAUUGGAUUUGGUAACAGACCCAUCAGACAAGCAUGUGGAAUGAGAGAGGGAAAGUCAAGGGUGGGGCCCAGUUUCCAGCCCGGGCAACCAGGUAGGUGGUGCCAUUAUUGGGAUAAAGAAGGAGGUGACUGAAAGGAACGUGAUGAUCUCCUCUUGGGCCAUGUAGAGUGGGAGGGCCUGAGAAUGACAAGCAGGUGGUGGGUCAGAGAUGGUGGGACCUCAGAGUGGGAACUGUGAGAGCAGGGCUUCUCAAACUCCCGUCUGCACACACAUCACCCAGGGAUCUUAUUUAAAUGCAGAUUCGGAUUCCCUAGGCCUGGGAUGGGGCCCAAGAGUGCCUGUCAAGGGUCUGGGUUUUGCUGAUGCUGCUGGUCCAUGGUGCACACUUUGAGUAGCAAGGUUUUGAGGCCCCAGUAGGAGGGACUGGCAGGAAGGGCAGUAUGGGGGCCAGAAAAUAAUGAUGUUCCACGGGGUAGCAGCUGGAGGCGGCGGAGAGACUUAGCUUUGGGGGAUUUUAGUGAAAGUGACCAGGAUGGGAGCGUCACCUCAUCAGGAAGCCAGAGGACUCUGGUGUGACCCGCAGGGACAGAUAGAAGCACUCAGUUUUCCAAAGCGGCUGGGGAGCCUGGAGCGGUCCAUGAGCGCCGUUUCCGGAGAAGCGGGGUGGUCCAGGGAAAGAGCGAUGCUGGGGUGUGGGGUGGGGGCAGGAGCAGGGCCCGCCCAGCCCCGGGCCUGACGCCA